AUGUCUAUGAAAUGGAUUUCAGUUGUGCUUCUGCUACAUCUGAGCUGCUACUUUAGCUCUGCGAGCUGUGGAAAGGUGCUGGUGUGGCCCACAGAAUACAGCCACUGGAUCAAUAUAAAGACAAUUCUGGAUGAACUUGUCCAGAGAGGUCAUGAAGUGACUGUUCUGACAUCUUCAAGUUCCAUUCUUGUUGGUCCAAGCAAAUCAUCUCCUAUUAAUUUUGAGGUUUAUCAUGCACAUUUAUUGAAAAAUGAUUUUGAGAAUCUCUUCCAAAGACGGAUCACGGAAUGGAUUUACGAUAUGCCAAAAGAUACAUUUUGGGCAUAUUUUUCACAAAUGCAAGAAGCCUUCUGGGAAUAUUCUCACUUCAUUGAAAAGCUCUGUAAAGAUGCAGUGUUGAACAAGAAACUCAUGAAAAAACUACAAGAAUCAAAGUUUGAUGUCAUGCUUGCAGAUCCCGUUGGACCGUGUGGCGAGCUGAUAGCUGAACUACUUAAAAUACCUUUAGUGUACAGUCUCCGCUUCUCUCCAGGCUAUGCAUUUGAAAAGUAUAGAGGAGGGCUUCCUUUCCCUCCCUCCUAUGUACCUGUUAUUAUGUCAGAAUUAAGCGAUCAAAUGACAUUCAUGGAGAGAGUUAAAAAUAUGAUAUAUGUACUUUACUUUGACUUUUGGUUCCAAACAUUCGAUGAGAAGAGAUGGGAUCAGUUUUACAGUGAAGUACUAGGAAGACCCACUACAUUUUCUGAGUUAAUGAGGAAAGCUGACCUAUGGCUCAUUCGAACCUACUGGGAUUUUGAAUUUCCUCGCCCAGUCCUGCCACAUUUUGAAUUUGUUGGCGGCCUCCACUGCAAACCUGCCAAACCCCUGCCUAGGGAAAUGGAAGAGUUUGCCCAGAGCUCUGGAGAAAAUGGUAUUGUGGUGUUUACUCUAGGGUCAAUGGUCCGUAACAUUUCAGAAGAAAGAGCCAACAUGAUUGCAUCAGCCCUUGCCCAGAUUCCACAAAAGGUUCUGUGGAGAUUUGAAGGCAAGAAACCAGACACCUUAGGGCCAAAUACUCGGCUGUAUGAUUGGAUCCCCCAGAAUGAUCUUCUUGGUCAUCCAAAAACCAAAGCCUUUAUAACUCAUGGUGGAACCAAUGGCAUCUAUGAGGCAAUCUCCCAUGGGAUCCCCAUGGUGGGCAUACCUUUGUUUGCGGAUCAACCUCAUAACAUUGCUCACAUGAAGGCCAAGGGAGCCGCUGUAAGACUGGACUUCCACACAAUGUCUAGUAGAGAUUUGCUCACUGCAUUGAGGACAAUCAUUAAUGACCCUUCCUAUAAAGAGAAUGCUAUGAGGUUAUCAAGAAUUCACCAUGAUCAGCCUACAAAGCCCUUGGAUCGAGCAGUCUUCUGGAUCGAGUUUGUCAUGCGCCACAAAGGAGCCAAACACCUUCGGCCAGCCUCCCAUGACCUCAGCUGGGUCCAGUACCACUCUCUGGAUGUGAUCGGGUUCCUGCUGGCCUGUGUGGCCACUGCGAUAUUUAUCACCACAAAAUGUUGUCUGUUUUGUUGCCAGAAGUUUGCAAAAAUGGGAAAGAAGGGGAAAACGGAGUAGUUGCAUCUGAGAGGCCUCAAGCUGGUGUGCCUCAUACAUGGGACUCCUCCAAUUUAUUCAAGCAAGUUGUUAUGUAAGGUUCCCUUCUGCCUGUGACAAAAUGACUUCACACAAUUUAGCUUCUCAGACCAAAAUUUGCUUUCAAGAGAUUUACUGCCUAUUUAAGAGUUAUAAAUAUGUCAUGCCAACAGAAAAACUGACAAUAAAAUAAAAUAAAUGUAAAA